AUGAAAAAACUCUACACACUUCUUGCCGGCGCACUGUUGGUAUCUGCCGCUGCAAAUGCACAGCGCCUGGUUGACAUCUCAGCUACUAUGGUUGCACCAGCAGCCAACGCUACGAUUACUUCCGGUACUGCCUUUGCGUCAUCUAUCGUGAUCAAGAAUCUGAACCUGGGCGAAAACACUUCUGUAUCUGUACGGGUUACUGACCUGACCGGACGCGUAGUUGCUAUCGAAAACAAGGGUACUAUGAGCAAGGGCAAGCAAGCUAUAAAGAUAAGUGUUGGUGACAUCGCCAGCGGUAUCUACCUCUAUCAGGCGCUGAUACGCAGGGUGCCGGUGCCGGAUAAUGUGCUGGAGUAUGCUGUAGGCCUCGUUCAUAAAACAAGACCUUCGUCGGACAGGGCGCCCGAAGCAGCCCGGCAAUACAUUGCUUACGGCGCAGGCCCGCGUGCCUCUCAAUACCUUGUGCUGGGCGCUAAAUGCCAUGCUUUGCUAAACGGUAAAUUCUCCCCGGAUAUAGAAGAUGUGCGUGCGAUGGCUUUGCCCGUAUUGCGUCACCGUGUGGUUCGAAAUUAUAAGGCCGAAGCAGAAGGGGUAGACAACGGCAAAGGCAAGUACGGUAAGCAACAGGAUCACACAGACCGCAAUCCAGGACCAUUUCUGAUCCAUCAUGCCCCGCCGCCUGCGGGGUAUGAUCGUGCAGUAGUAGUGCCUCGCGGGCAUCUUCCCCGGCGGGUAUCUGGUGCAGUACAUCAUCCGCCGCCAGACCAGUUCAAGCAGGAGCAAUGCACAGAAAAUAUAAGAGAAAUAGCCGUAGACCCUGAUGGCUAUACUGCCGAAUAUAAGCAUGGUAUUCAUCGUCCGGAACCGAUCCCAUAA